GGCCAACAUCAGAGGGGCGCGCGCGCGAGGCCGAGAAGCUGAGGCCAAAGUUGCGGAGCCUCCAGCGAAGAAGCGGCGGCGGCCGGAGCGGGGAGUGGCGGCGGCGGCGGCAACAACAUGGACGACCUGGAUGCAUUACUAGCUGAUCUGGAAUCCACUACCUCCCACAUCUCCAAGCGACCUGUCUUCCUGGCAGAGGAAACCUCAUACUCAUAUCCAACUGGAAAUCAUACAUACCAGGAAAUCACUGUACCUCCUCCGGUGCCGCCACCUCCUUCCAAUGAGGCCUUGAAUGGGACUGUAAAUGACCCUUUAGACCAGUGGCAGCCCAGCAUCCCCCAAAAUAUUCACCAGCAGUUGCAGUCCCAGUCUCCUGUGUACAGCACCAGUGCCUCUAUACCCAGAGAGUGUGUUAUCUCUCCUUCACGUGCAAGUGAAGAGGAGCACGUCUACAGUUUCCCCAACAAGCAGAAGUCUGCAGAACCAUCUCCUACCCUGAUGAGCUCUUCAUUAGGCAAUAACCUAUCAGAACUGGACCGACUCCUACUAGAACUCAAUGCUGUUCAGCACAACCCUCCUAGUGGCUAUCCAGCAGAUGAAGCUGCUACUAGGAACCCCUCACUGCCCAGUGGGGCUGGAUCUCACUAUGGCACCUUGGAGAAUACUACCUCUUUGAACACACAACCAACAGCCCCUGCAAAAGAGAAGCCUAAGCGGAAUGGAGGGCAUGGCAUUGAGGAUGUGUGCCCCAGUGUGGAGAGCCUUUUGGAUGAACUAGAGAGCUCUGUGCCCAGUCCAGUUCCAGCUAUCACUGUGAAUCAAGGUGAAAUGAGCAGCCCACAGCGGGUCACCUCCAGCCAGCAACAAACUCGCAUAUCUGCCUCAUCAGCAACAAGAGAAUUGGAUGAGCUGAUGGCUUCGCUUUCGGACUUCAAGACCAGUUCCACCAUCUCACUGACCUCUGAACCCUCCGUGGAGCUGCUCCCUGGCCUGGCUAGCCCAGAUCCAGGUAGUGUCCCUCCUACUAUGACUCUCGUGACUACCUCAAAGCAGCAAGCCAUAGGUGACUAUGGGGAUGUGCUGGGCCCACUAAUACCUCUUCCAUUGGAAAUACUUCACAUUGAGGAAGAAGGUAAUAGUCCAGUGAGUGCUGUGAUUCCAGAGCAUUCUUUUUCCACCCUACAUCAUUCUUCUCAAUCCUGGACUGAACCACCACUUAUAGAGGCCUCAGUCAGUCUCCCAAGCUCAGAUAGACCAAGCAGAGAGUCCACUUCCAAUGGGGCCUUUCUUUCAUUUUCCACGGCGGAAUUGUUAUCUAUUCAGUCUGAUGCUGGAGCCCAAAAUCAGAGGUCAGCAGAAUCAAAAGCACCUUGGAGGCAGAGGGGGAGAUAUGAAGCUAAGGCUGCAUCAUUUUCUCUUAUGAGCUCCUGCAUAAAUGGCAAGGUGAAAGGGACAACACCAAAGGAAGCGGAAGCAGCAGCUGGUACAAGUGCUGCUGAUCAUAAGGCAAAUGAAGCUAAUAAAGUAGCUUUAAAUGAGCUGAGCAAUUCAGAUGUAUCUCAGUUUGUAACAAGAAGAUCUCUGGAGAGUGAUCGUGUUGCUCCAGCUGCACACAAACUGGAUCUUGCAAGUCUGGAUCAGUGGGAGAGCUUCUCAGGCCCCAAAGGCCAGCAGGGCCAUACCCUGCAGCAAGUUGUUGAAGUGAAAGAUCCAGCAAGGGCUAGCAGUUGCCCAGAUGUAGCUGAGAAGAAGCGUGAUGUAGAGGGAAUUUUCAGGAAAAAUAGUCUCCAGAACACUCCAGUGGGGCAAUGGAAAGAGCCCCUCUCCAGUUCUAUAGACUCUACAGGAAAUACCUUGAAAGAGGACCUGGAUCUGGCCCCUGCUUGCAGGACACCUGUGGAGAGGAUUUCUACAUCAGGCCAGAUAAAAUCUGUAAUCAAGCAAACAAAAGAGACCUCACAUGUGCACCCAAUGUGCCGGGAUCUCUCACCAAGACGCAAGCUGGGCCCAGCCAUAUUCCAUAAGACGGUCUCCCAAGACCGCUUGAUUGAGGAAUUGCAAGACAGGUUGGGCAUUAGCAAACCAGAACAGGAAGAAUGGAGAAGCCCAGACAACUGGAUGACUGAGGGAGUAAUCAUCAUUUCCAGGCCACAAAAGAAGGAGCAAGAUGGUGGCCAGCAGGUAGAAAAGGUUAUCAUUCCUGCAGAAUCGCCCCUCCCUCUAAGAAGAACAAUUUCUAUCCCACCUUCUCCCCCACCACAGAUUCCUAAAGAUGUUUUAAAGGGUGUUUCUGUCAAAGCUUCACCUCUCCCGCAUCCUCCUCCACCACCUCCUCCCUUGCCACCUCCACCACCACCACCACCGCCGCCAUCGCCACAUGUCCCUCAGCUGCGCUAUGUGCCAUCCUCCCCUCCUCCUCAGCCUCUACUCCAGUGGGAAAUGCUUUUGGAGGAAUGUUCCUCUCCCCAAGCACAGGUUCCAAAAGAGUCCAUUGGAAUGGUUUCUGUUCCCAGGACAGUGGUAUCAGUUGGCUGCCAAACAGAAGAGGAUUCAUUCUUCCCAUCGGAGCAGGUCCCUUAUACUCCACCUCUGGAACGAGGCUCUCGGGUUUUGGCUGCUCGCCCACCUACCCCUGAGAAGUUCAUGUCUCAAGGUAAAAGUGGGAAUAACUACCCAUCCUCUACUCCUCCAAAGCCUGGUAGCCAGUUGGAUAGCAUGCUUGGAAGCCUCCAGUCUGACUUGAACAAACUUGGAGUAGCAACAGUUGCCAAAGGUGUAUGUGGAGCCUGCAAGAAACCAAUUGCUGGACAGGUUGUCACAGCGAUGGGGAAGACUUGGCAUCCUGAACACUUUGUCUGCACCCAUUGCCAGGAGGAGAUAGGAUCACGGAACUUCUUUGAGCGUGAUGGCCAGCCCUACUGUGAGAAGGACUAUCACAACCUCUUCUCCCCUCGCUGCUACUACUGCAAUGGCCCUAUCCUGGAUAAAGUGGUGACAGCCUUGGACAGGACAUGGCACCCAGAGCACUUCUUCUGUGCACAGUGUGGAGCAUUUUUUGGUCCUGAAGGCUUUCAUGAGAAGGAUGGCAAGGCCUACUGUCGCAAGGAUUACUUUGACAUGUUUGCUCCCAAGUGUGGAGGCUGUGCCCGUGCCAUCUUGGAAAACUACAUCUCUGCCUUGAAUACUCUCUGGCAUCCUGAGUGUUUUGUCUGCCGGGAGUGUUUCACUCCAUUCAUCAAUGGCAGCUUCUUUGAACACGACGGGCAGCCCUACUGUGAGGUGCAUUACCAUGAGCGCCGUGGCUCACUGUGCUCUGGCUGCCAGAAGCCUAUCACCGGGCGCUGCAUCACUGCAAUGGCCAAGAAAUUUCAUCCUGAACACUUCGUCUGUGCCUUCUGCCUCAAGCAGCUCAACAAAGGAACCUUCAAGGAGCAGAAUGACAAGCCCUACUGUCAGAACUGCUUCUUGAAACUCUUCUGCUGAGGCCAAAUUCAGCAUCCUUUUUGCUGUCUUGCCUCUUUGGACAUUGCCAUAUUUUAGCAAUCUGUGGCCAUGGUGGUCUGAGAAGAGGAGUGAAUGAGUGAGUGAAUGAAUGAACGAAUGAAUGAAUGGUGAGGUGGGACAGGACAGGAUGAGAUGCUUAGUGUUGUUCUGGAAAGGUGGGGAAUCCAGAGAGUGAUGCACCAUGGACCAUUCAGUCAGAAAGCAAUUGAAUAAGGAAAUGCUGAGAAACUGCAAGUAUUAUACUAGAUUGACAGCUGAGCCAAACCAAGAGGAGAAAUAAGGAGGGAGACUCUGUUUGGUGGGAGAGUUCUGGAACACAACCUCUUCUGACUGCAUAAUGCAUUCUUGAUAGCAAGGGCCCAAAUAGCCCAAUAAAAUUGAUUUCAUUGCAAGGAUAAGGAAUCAGAAUUCUCCCCUCUAUCAGGAGGGUUGAAAGCACAUAUCCCAGUGCCACAUAGCAUGGGCUAUGUUGGUAGGUUCUGUGUGCUGAGGGAAUACUAAUCCCAACAAGAUGUCCUACUCCCUGUUCAUGUCUGUGUUCCUCUAACACUGCAGGGAGACAAGCUUGCAGUCUUAGUGGAAUGUCCAGCAUGACUCUCGUCAUCACAGAUAUGUAUAGGGUUGAUUGUUGGUUCUGUUUGCACUCCUGUCCCCUCUCCAAAUGGGAGUAUCUCCUAUUUUUGAGAGGCUACAUUCUCCACUGCUGCUGCCAUCAAAACCCCUCUAAACAGAGGUGCUCUUGGUGAGGUUGGGAAACAAAUGACUGUAUGAAAAAAUCUGGAUAAGCAAGAUAUCCCAGGCCUCCCAGAGCUGUGUUUUUAGGCAGGCAUGAUAACCUGUGUAAUGAUUUCACCUGAAGAGUAAAGGUGUCAGCACUGUCUUUUUUCUUUCUUUCUGUCUCUUUUCUUCAUGCAUAUGUCCAUCUCUUGCUAUUGUGAAAUAUGCCCUCAAGAGACGGACUUCUGAGCAAUAAUCCUUUUUCUAUCAACUAAAUAGUUUUAAUACAUGCCUCAGUGACUGUGUGCUUUCUCUCUCUGUCACUCUCUUUCGGUUGGUUUGUGUGUGAGAGACUGUCCUUUGCUAUCAAACCGAAUACUGUGUGUUUGGGUGGGCGAAACAAUUUAUACACUGAGUCUCAAAUUCAUAACAGAACAACUUUUAAUCUCUUGUAUGGAAAUUUUAGUUUUUUGAAAUAAUUUUCAAUGGAUGACUUUCAUAUCUUGAUUGUUCUGGGCAGGGCCCUGGUUGUGUUGGUUCCUGCAUCUAUAGCCUUGAUGCUUUGUUAAACACAACUGUUAACCUGAUAAAUGUUGUCUUUUUAAAACUGGGUUGGGUUGGGAGGGUGUGGUGGGAGAGGGGGAAUGUGCAAGGAGUGUGUGUGUGUGUGUUAUUAUUUUGCUUUUAUUAAGUAGCUUUUCUAUCGAUCUGAGCUCAACUGGAACAGAUUUUUUGUAAAGAAGAAAAUAACAUGUAAACUGCUGUAUUUCAAAUUAUUUGCUUUUCUCUCCAAGCCUAGUGUUCCAGGAUCUCAAGCAAGUCUUAAUUUACAUCUAUUAGGAGAAAGAGCUCAGAAAUGUAAUUGACUUGGAGUUGAGCUUCAUAAUCUGUUUCAGAUGCUGAGGUUAGGCCCUGUGUGUUGAUUUGCCAUUUGAUUUUAACAUAUAUUUUUGGACAGGUGUGCCAUAACUCUUUAGUAUGCUGCAAUGCUGCAUGUGCACAAUCAGACACCCUGAUACCUAGGUGAUCCAUUUGUCUCUAGUCGACUGAGCUAGGGAUCGGGCAGCAGGACAGCCAUAAGCGGGUAGGAAGAAAUACAUUGCUGGAUCUAGGUCGGUUAGCUCCAUAGAUCCUCAUACCUCGGUCUAGGUGUGCUUCCUCAACUGCUUAUGUCUUCUUCUCUUGUCACACAUUGGCCACUCAUGGGUUGACAUUUGCAGGUUGUCUGGAAAGCUUAUCGCUCUCAAACAGGACUGGGUAAUUGUGGCCUUCCAGAUUUUGUUCAGAUAGCAGCUAGCUAGGAGAGCAGUGUUGAAUUCAGACAGGCUGAGACCCUACAGUGAUGGUGAACCUAUGGCAUGGGUGCCAGAGGGGGCACUCAGAGCCCUCUCUGUGGGCAUGUGUGUCAUCACUCCAGUACAGAGUUUGCCAGAGUUAGUACCUAGAAAGCCACAGUCUUGCACCACACCACUUUGCAAUAAAUAAGUUGGUUUUGGGUUGCAGUUUAGGCACUCGGUCUCUAAAAGGUUCACCAUCACUGCAUCAAGUUUGGAAUUCAAAGAUAUAGCUAUGUUAGUCUGUAGAAUCAGCAUGU